ACAAAUGGCGUCCUCGUUUUAUUUGAUUUAGUCAUUCUUCGAGACUAUCCAAAUAAUCGUAAAUGCUAACGAAGACAAAAAGGGUUACAUUGAUUAAUAUCUUGUAGAUUAAUAAUGAUAAUUUUCAAGAUUUAAUUAUGUUAACAAGGAAAAAGAAUAAAGUCUCGACGCCUACAGAAAUCGAUGUUGAUAGACCUCCGUCCGCUCUUUCAACGCUUAGUCAAAGAACUUUGACACCUGUUCAAAGUCUUGGAAGUGUUAUUUCAGUAAAAGAGUUUGGUAGCAAUAAAGAUGAUACAAAUGAUCCGAAGAAGGAAGACAAUGAAAAGCACGAACAAGAAACUAAUACUCAUGGGCAAGAGAGUAGAGGAAAUACGCCACAGUUAAAGAGAUCUAGAAGUCAAAUUAGCCAAAUUUCGGAAAAGUUGAAAAGAUCUCCUAGUAUUUCUUCUAUCCGAUCGAAAAUAUCUCAAGCCUGGAGCAGUACCAGAUCUAGAUCCAAUAGCGUAACGAGUCUAGUUUCUGGUAAAACAACAGCUAUGCUUGCGCCUGCCGAAAUGAACUUGAAACACGCCUAUAUUCCUUACAAUUUCGCUAAAGAUUACAUUGAAAAAAUCGUGCAGGACACGAAAAAUAUGCAAUUUAGACACGUCGAAAUUGUUAAAAGAAUAGACGAAAACUAUAAGACAAUUGAAAAUGAAACACAGUCGCACUUCAAUGUGUUCGUUUUGAAUUUAAGGCAGCAAUACAAAUCAAAAGUUCAUACAUUUCAACAAAUUAUUGAAAUUCAUAGAAUUGAAUUGAAACAGAAAGAACAAUAUUGGGAUGAAAUGUUGAAUAGUUUAAAGAAAAAGAAUAAGGAUUUAAUGAACGAAAAAAAGAAAUUAUUGGUGUUGAAUAAAGUUGAAUAUGAGAGGGUUGAAAAGGAGAAACAAACAACUGUUACUGCUUUAACGAAGCAAUUAGAUGAAACAAAUGCCAAAUUGAAAUCUGCUGAGGAAGAGCAACAUAUUGAUAAAAAAUCAAAAGUUAAAGCCGUUCGCAUUACCAAAAAGGAGGAAGCGCCUGCUCCUGUAAUAGUUGCGGAAACUCAACAAGCUAUACAACCAGUAAUUCAAGAAAACAUUAACGAGUCUUCAUUUUCCUAUAUCCCACCUGUUGCUUUAGGCCGUGAACCGACAAUAAUCGUUAAAGAUUUAGGAACUAAGGAGCGAAUCAAAAUGAACGAAGAGCGAGCCGAGAUGGUUGGCGAGAGGGAAUUGUUAUUAAAAGAAUUCGCUCAUUUGGAAGAUGAAAGAGAAAAAUUAACCGCGGAACGGCGCAUUCUACAAAAGGACUUGGAUGAUGUCCAAGAACGAGCGGCUGAGCUUAAAGCUCAAAACACUGAGUUAAUUGACAGAACUACCGACUACGAUGCUAUAAAAGCACAACUGGCAGCAUUAACCGCAGUUGUGGUUAUUGGAAAAGAUGAAAAAGAAAAAGCUCAGGCAAAGGAAGUUGAAAAAGAGGCAGAGAAAAAGCAGCUUGAACAGGAAAUUUUACAACAAUCCGACGAUCCUAAUCAGGAACUUCUGCAAGAACAGUUGGAUAAUUUAAAUGCAGAACUUCAAGCCCUAAAAGAGCUAAAAAGUGGUAGACCUAUGACAGCGGCGACUAUCCGCCCGAAAACAGCAGAUGUGAGAAUUGUUAAAGUUUUCGUUCCUGACCCUGAAAUAGUUGCCGCACUUGAAAUGGCAAGGGAUGAAAUCGAUAGUUUACGGAAACAGGUUUUAGCUAUGAAAGCAGAUAAGGCAAAAUUACAAAAUGAACUUACAAUCACUAAAUCAGAUUUAGAGAGCGUUUCUUCUGAAAGAGACAGUCUUUUACUAAUCAAUAAGGCUCUUGAGGAGAAGAAUGAAGAUUUAGAAAAAAAACUGGCUAAAAGAGAUAAGAAAAUAGCUAGUAUGAAUAGAGAUAUUGAAAAACUUAUUAAAGCUCAUGCCCAAUAUAAAAAGCAGUUUAAAAAGACUAAAACUUUAUUGGAGGUGGUCGUUUCAGAAACUAAAAGUGUUUUACAGCAAUUCAAUCCAGCUGCAAUAAAAGUUGAGGAACGUUUAGCUGAAGCAAAAAAUACUGAUAGUGAAAAUGAAAUACUCAUCGAAGGCCUUACAAUGAUACAUACAGGGGCUGCCGAAAUUAAGGAUGAAGAGGAGGAGACCGAAGCUAUUUCCGAACCGCUUGCAAAGAACGAAGACGAUUUUAAAAAUCUUGAAGAUGAACUUGCAGGAGCUGAAAAUAAAGUAAGAGAGUUGGAGAAGAAACUACUGGAACAAGAGAACAGUAGGCAAAGAGCUGAGGAUGAUAAGGAACUGCUAGGGUCUAAAGUAAAUGAAUUGGAAAGGUUACUAAAAGAUAUGGAGCAAGAGAGAGCUUCAGAUAAGGAAGCGGCGAAGAAUAAAGUGGAAGACGAUUACAGUAAUUUAGCUGAUCGAAUAGCAGAAUUAGAGAGAUUACUGGCAGCGGCUGAAAAUGAUAAAGUUGAACUAAAGAAGAAACAAGCGGAUUUACAACAAAAAAUUGAUAAACAGAAAAAGAACAUACAAAUGAUGGAAAAAGAUAUUGAAAAGCUAAUUAUCGCUCAUACACAAUAUAAGAAAAAGUUUAAGCGAACCAAGAAGCUUUUGGAACUUGUUGUCAAUGAAGCUAAAGCUGUAAAUCAAGAGAUAAACCCUGCUGCUCUGAAAGUAGAAGAACGAUUAAAUAGUGUUAAAAGUUCCGAAACUCAAGAUGAGUUGUUAGUUGAAGCCAUUACAAUGAUACAUACUGGAGCCGCCACUGUUGAAGAAGAGAGUCAAGCUGUUGCUGAACCUUUAGCAAAGACCGAUGAUGAUUAUAAGAAAUUAGAGGAAGAGCUUGCUAAAUCUGAAGAUAAUGUUGUUCAAUUGAAAAAGAAAUUGUUAGAGGAGGGAGCAGAAAAAAACAAAAUUGAAGCAGAUAGGACCAGCAUUUUAGCUAAAGUUUCUGAUUUAGAGAGUCUAUUAGCUGAGGCUGAGAAGAAAUUGGCAGACAAAGAAAGAGAUAGAGCUCUGCUGGAAGAUGCGAAUAAAGACCUCCUAGCCCGAAUAGCCGAGCUUGAGAAAUUAAUGGCAGAGAAUAAAAAAGAGAAUGAAGAUUUGAAGAAACAGAAAGCAGAUUUAAUUGAAGAAGCAAAGAGAAAAGAGGAAGAUCAUAAGAAAAUUAUGAAUUUGAAAGAGGAAAAACUACAAGAAAUGCAUAAGGAUAUUGAAGAUCUAUUGAAGCAGUAUAGUAAGAUGAAAGCUAGGCUAAAAGGAUUGGAAAAGAAGGAUAAGAAGGCUGAAAAUGAAAUAGAAGAGGAGGAAAAAGCAGUAACCGAAGUUCUCUUAAAAAAUAAUGAAGACUAUAGGAAACUAGAAGAAGAUUUAGCCGUAGCCGAAAAUAAUAUUCGUCAUCUAGAGAAGAAGUUGGCUGAAGAGGAGUCAAGGAAACAAAAUGCUGUAGAUGAAAAAGAUAACCUCUCACCGAGAUUGGCCGAAAUGGAAAGGCUAUUGAAAGAGGCUGAAAAGGAGAAAGCCGAAUUAAAAGAGAAGCAAAAUGAACUAAUUGAAGCAGCCGAAAAGAAAGAAGCAGACCAUUUGAAGCUUGUAAAGUUCAAAAACGAUAAGAUAAAGGAUAUGGAAAGGGAUAUAGUUAAGCUAGUCAAGCAGUAUAACAGGAUGAAAAACAGAAUGACAGGAAUCGAAGAGGAUAAACCAGUUGAAAGCGUUAUAGAAUUAGAGAAUCGUAUCGCAGAUUUGGAAGCGGAAUUUGAUAUAUUUGAUAAAGAGAAAAAAGAAAAGGAAGAUAGGAUUAUAGAAUUACAAAAGCAACUGAAAAAUGCUAAAAAUGAUAUAAAAGUAUCUAAAGCAGAGACAGAGAAACUUAAUGGUAAAUUAAAAGAGAAAGAGAGAGAGAUGGUCGAAAAAGAAAUGGACUUGUUGAGGCAAGUCAAAGAUAGUAAGAGAGAAUCAGAAGCCGCUUUAAAGAAGAAAGAUUUAGAUAUUAAAGAAUUACACGCUGAUAUUAAGAAAUUAAUACAGGCUCAUGAAAAAUUUAAGAAAAAAAUACCCAUUAUGAUGAUGAAAGGAGCUGUUAAUAAUGAUAAGAGUGAUAAAUUACAAAAAGAAAAUAAUGAACUCAAAGCCAAAUUACGUAGUUUACAAACGGCAAGUGCAAGACCUAAAACUGCAAAUGUUAAACUAGAGAAGGCUAUAAAAGACUUAGAAAAGAAAUUAGAAACAGCACAGGCUAAAUUAAAAACUAAAGAAACCGAAUUAAACGAAUUAGAAAAAGAGAAGAAGAAAGUUUUAACCGAAAAUAAACAAUUGGCGGACAGUUUCAAUUCUGAGAGGGUUCUUCGCAAGAAAUACUUCAACAUGGUUGAAGAUAUGAAAGGAAAGAUUCGAGUGUACUGUAGAGUACGCCCUCUGUCGGAUUCAGAGGCAAAACGCGGGAAUUUUUCAAUUGUAAAUUCAGUUGAUGAAUAUAGUAUUGGUAUUAAAACUACAAGAGGAGAAAAAGAUUUUCAAUUCGAUACCGUGUUUAUGCCAGAUACGAAUGGGAACCAAGAAAAGGUCUUUGAAGAUACCAACAACCUUGUACAAUCGGCCGUUGACGGUUACAAUGUUUGUAUCUUCGCCUAUGGACAAACAGGCUCCGGAAAAACUUUUACAAUAAUCGGAGAUCGCGACCAAAAAUUCCCUGGUAUUGCUCCAAGAUCUUUCGAAAGAAUCUUUAAUCUUAUCGAGGAAAAUUCUUCGAAGUUCACUUUUGCAGUUGCGGCUUAUAUGCUGGAAUUGUAUAAUGACAAACUUAUAGAUCUCUUUGCUAAACCAUCCCACGCAGAUGACGAUAAAUUGGAAAUUAAACGGGAUAAAAAGGGGAUGGUAUUUGUACAGGGAGCAGAAGUGAAGAGCGCUCAUAAUAGCAAAGAAUUAAUGGGGCUCUUCGAAUUGGGUUCCAAAAACAGGCAUGUGGCUUCCACGAAAAUGAACUCGGAAAGUUCUCGGUCUCAUUUAGUAAUAGGAAUUAUGAUUGAGAGCAGGAAUAAAUCGACAGGUCAAGUUUUGAAAGGUAAGCUAAGUUUAGUGGAUCUUGCCGGAUCCGAAAGAGCAGCAAAGACAGGCGCCGGCGCCGAACAAUUAAAGGAAGCCAUGUCAAUUAACAAAUCAUUAUCGGCCCUUGGCGAUGUUAUAUCGGCUUUAUCAAGCGAGCAAUCAUUCAUACCAUACCGAAAUAACAAGUUAACGAUGCUCAUGCAAGACUCUUUAGGAGGUAACUCGAAAACUCUGAUGUUUGUGAAUAUUUCCCCUGCAGAUUACAAUGCAGACGAAUCAGUUGUUUCUUUGACCUACGCAGCAAGGGUUAAAUUGAUAACGAACGACGCAACGAAGAACGCUGAGAAUAAGGAGAUUAAUAAACUAAAGGCGAUUAUUGCCAAGAUGAAGAAGGGUGAGUCGGUUGAUGUCGAAGAUUAAUCCCAGGGAAAAAACAGCUGAAAAGCAAGGAAAAAAAGGAAAAAACUAUAUCUGAAUAUCACUUGCAGUCUUCCGUUUUCAUAUGUUAAUCAAUGUGACUAAUAUCUAUCAAUUAUCUAAAAUACAACGGUAAAUAUUUAUCAA